CGACGGAAGAUGCAAGUCUGUUUUUUACGGAGAAGAUGAUGGUACAUGUACCUUGUGCAGCGAGGUUUUCAACUAUUACGCUCACAGGCCCGCAGUUGCUAAUGUACACACCAAGCAUCUCAGACCCCUCCAGGGAAGUUGCCCAGAAGGUUGGAUGGGUUUCCAGUAUUCCUGUUACACCCUGACGAAUGCAUCUAACGGAUUCCAUCAUGAUGAAUGUGUUACCAUGGGAGCGCAUGCCGUCUACGUGGAAUCAAUAGAGGAACAGAACUUCUUGACCAAUACACUGAGUCCUGCUACAGGAGGAGACGAGUUAUACCUGGGAUACAAGAAGAUCAAUAAUAUUCUGUACUUAGCCGGGACGCUCACGCUAUCUCCAUUCACUUACUUCGGACCGUGGGAAGGAACAAAGACCAAUGAAGAAUGUGUUAUCCUUCGGAAAACCGGAUGGAUUGACCAUUUAUGCGGGAGAAAUACAAAAACAAUUUGUGAAAUCGAACUAUAACUAAAGUACCAAUAUGAAGAAACGCAUUGGAAUGGAGAUUGCUGACGCCAUAUGUGAUGUAUCUGAUGAAUGACAGUAUUUGAAACAAAAUAUUAAUGCUCCAUAAUUUCUCUUUAAAUGAAUAUAUUUUUAAUAUAUAAUGAAAGAUACUUGAAUCGAGACUUAAAUGUUACAUUAUAUAUCUGAAUGUUUCAAGGACAGUAGA